AUGCUCGGUAAAGUAGCCCUCGAGGAGGCCUUUGCUCUCCCCCGUUUCGAAGAAAAGACACGAUGGUGGGCUGGCAUGUUUUCCACCGACCCAGAGACACACGCAAAGGAAAUCACCGAUAUCAACCAGAUUCGAAUCGACUAUGCCCAGAAACACGGCGUUGGGUAUCAGAUCCUGUCUUACACAGCUCCCGGUGUCCAGGAUAUCUGGGAUGCAGCUGAAGCGCAGGCGUUGGCGGUUGAGAUUAAUGAUUAUAUUGCCGAGAGAGUCAGGGCGAUGCCGGAUCGAUUGGGAGCUUUUGCAACUCUGUCUAUGCACAACCCCAAAGAAGCCGCAGAUGAACUCCGUCGCUGCGUGGAAAAGUACGGCUUCAAAGGUGCUCUGGUGAACGAUACACAACGGGCUGGUCCCGACGGUGAUGACAUGAUCUUCUACGACAACGCAGAUUGGGACAUCUUCUGGCAAACUUGCACUGAUCUCGACGUGCCGUUGUAUCUGCACCCCCGAAACCCCACAGGGACAAUCUACGAAAAGCUCUGGGCGGAUCGUAAAUGGCUCAUUGGUCCUCCAUUGAGCUUUGCGCAGGGCGUCAGCCUUCACGUCCUGGGUAUGGUUACUAAUGGCGUCUUCGACCGACAUCCCAAGUUGCAGAUCAUCAUGGGUCAUCUGGGCGAACAUAUUCCCUUCGAUAUGUGGCGGAUUAACCACUGGUUCGAGGAUCGAAAGAAGCAGAUCGGUCUCGCGGCUACUUGCAAGAAGACCAUCCGCGAGUACUUUGCGGAGAAUAUCUGGAUCACUACCUCGGGCCACUUCUCGACGACGACGUUGAACUUUUGCAUGGCCGAGAUUAGUUCCGAUAGAAUCCUUUUCUCCAUCGACUAUCCGUUCGAGACGUUCUCGGAUGCGUGUGACUGGUUUGAUAAGACUGAGCUGAACAACACGGAUCGAUUGAAGAUUGGAAGAGAAAACGCAAAGAAGCUGUUCAAAUUGGGGGAUUACCAUGACUCUUCAGCUUAA